AAAACGCAACAAGCAUGGCGACAACGACGCAACCGCGCGGCGGCGAUGUUCAACUGCUUCUCGAUGCCAAUGACAAGAUGCUGCACACAUGGAAUGCCCUCCUGGAGAGUCGGCCUACAUUGGACAAGAAGGGCGAGUACAAGGACUGGCAUGUCAAGUGCGUUCGCUACAAAGAACAGAUUGCACGGUCUCUGGAGCGUUUGGCGGCACUGGCAGACGAUCAGAUUGCAAAGAAAGAUGCCAGUGCUUCCAACGUACCCGCGUCAAACCCUCCAGUUGCGCCAUCAGCAGUUGCCGUCACCAACGCAGACGUAUCGGCAGCGCAGCAACAGAUGCACUUACAGCAGCAAUUGCUUCAAAAGCAGCACAUGCUGCAAAUGCAAAAGCAACAUCAGCAACAACACACCGCUGCCGCCGCCCAAUUGCAACAGAAGAAACAGCAGCAACAACAGCAGCAACAACAACAACAGCAACUACAACAGCAACACCACGGUAUGCAGCAGCAUGCCGCAACUGCUCCGACUGUCUCGCCCGCAGGCUUUCCCCCCGGGACCGACUUGGCAGCGAUGCAGCUCGCCAUGAGCCAGAUGAUGCCCAUGAACAUGAACCAAAUGAUGACUGGGUACCCGACCAUGAACGGCAACGACUUGUCCAACAUGUACCUCAUGGCCAACAAUACGAACGGGGGAAACCCCGGCAAUUCCGGCGCGGGGGCCGAUCUGAAUCAAAUGAAUCUGUUCAACUACAACAUGCAAGCUGCCGCGGCCGCAGCGGCAUACAACAACCAACUAUACAAUGCGAAUUUCAACUCGGCGCUCGUCCAAAACAUGCUGGGGGGCGGCGGCGGGGGGUACCCGAGUCAAAUGGUGCUGCAAGCACAAAUGGCGCCGUCCAACGGCUCCAUGCAGCCCAGCGGCGCCGGGUUUCCAUACCAAAUGGCGGCCACCAACGCCACGUCCAACGCGUCCACGCAGUCAACUGGUGACCCGUCGCUGUUUUUUUCUGACAUCGACACAGUCCGCAACGUCAUGAACGACUUUAUGUCAUCGAAUGAGUGAUGCAAGCGAGAUAAUACUCCAUUCUCCUUCCGGACGUUGCCUGAAUGUAUCAUUCGUGCAUGGCAGCUUCUGGUGUCACCGGCGCCGACUGCCCUGCAUCGCAAUGUACUCUGCCUUGAGCAGCUGAUACAAACCUUCCUUGCGCUCAUCGAGGCGGUGAUACGAGUCCAGGCGGCGCUUGAUGCUGGGGGGGAGGUUUUGGUUCGAUGGGCCGAUGACGCGGCCAAACCUAGGCCCAACGAGCUGUUCGAUCUUUUGAGCCAAGUCGAUUUUGCGCCCCCUUGUGAUGCGCAGCGAGCUGUCGAGCAGUGGUGUUGUGUUCUUGAGAGGCGCUGACGUUGUUUGUGGAUGGUGGGUAUGAUAUUGUGGUUGUGGAUGGCUCGGGGAGACAGUGUUGGAGGCGCUUAAAACACUUGCUGUGGCCAGUGGUCCCUUCUGCGGUUGCUGGGGACGUUGAGGUGGUGGUUGCUGCUCGUUUAAGGCAGAUUGGAUGUUAUUGCCUUGGGGACGGGCGGCAAUGUUGAAGGAUGUUGGACUUGAUUGGAACGGCAGUCCCACCGAUGCAGAGGUCUGGUGGACUGUGGCUGAAAGAGGUGCCAUGGACUGCUGUGCCGCCGUGUACCACUGAGCUUUCACGUACGGUGGCGCUAGGUUGGUGGACGAGCCUUCAACUUUUGCCACUCGAGACGCGCACGACUGCUUCAGCGUGCUGGCUGUGUUCAUGUCUGAGGAUGGCACGUUGUUGAUAUGAGCGAGGAGAUGGUCAUAGCUGCUCGUGGCACUGCUGGUUACCAAUGCCUGCAUUGCCAACACAAACUCCGCCGUUGUGGUAGGGGCGGUGCCACGGCCGCCGUACGUGUCAUACUCGAACAAAGCUCGAUGGCGGUCGAAGAAAGCAGCGGCGGUCGCUGUAGUGUUGGUCAUGGCGAUGCGGUGAGGGGUAACCGGUUCUGAAACGUCGGCUUCACCUCUAGCAGCAGGAGU